AUGGGCCAUCAGGCGGGGGCCACCCAGCCCCCAACCCCCCACAAGACCAUCCACUUCUGCAGCCAGUGUGCUGGACCCGUAGAUCUGAAAUUCGUGUCCUCGGAGGACCGCUGGCGCCACAUCUGCUCCGCCUGCUCCCACGUGCACUACCUCAACCCCCGCAACGUGGUAGGGUGCAUCGUGGAGCAUGAGGACCAGGUGCUGCUGUGUCGGCGGGGCAUCCAGCCCCAGCUGGGCAAGUGGACGGUGCCGGCCGGGUACAUGGAGCUGCAAGAGAGCACUGCUGAGGGCGCGGCACGGGAGACCCUUGAGGAGGCCGGCGCUGCUGUGGAAAUUGUGGCGCCUUACGUGCACUUUGACAUCCCCGGCAUCGGCCAGGCGUACCUCCUGUUUCGUGCAAGGCUGGCACCGCCAUUCACCUUUGCAGCUCAGGCCCCGGAAUCGCUGGAGACUCGCCUGUUCCCCCUUGAGGACAUUCCUUGGGACGAGCUGGCGUUCUCUGCGGUGAGCCUGGCCUUGCGUUACUACGUGGAGGAUAGGAGGAGCCAGAGCUGGCGCAUGCACCAUGGCGUGAUCAGGAAGCAGGCGGGGGCGGGGCCCAACGACCCAGGUUCCUUCAAGCUGACAGAUUACAUGGGGUUGCCAUUGGGAGCUGAAAGGAUACAGACCCAAGCUUGA